AUAUUUCUCCAUAUCAAGAAUCGCAUAUUGGCGGCUGAAAAAUCAGUAUGAAAAGGGUAGUAGUACAAUAAAUAGGAUGGGAUAGUUUUAUAUCCAAACUAUAGUUUACAAUUCAAAAUUUAGAUAGAUUGUAACUUAUUUAUACAUAGAGGCGACAAUCGAAAUAUUCUUUUAGCCCCAUUCACACAACCACAGCCUAAGCAGUUUUGCUAUAGCUCCGGUCGAAAACAGAAUUAGCCGGUAGUGACUGAUAAAGCAGAGUUCACUCAGCUGAUUGUCUUAUGUGUCGCAGAGUCUAGCUUUCUUAUCAUCUACGUAGAAACUGUUCAAGUGUAAUUCUGUGAUUGAAAUAUUUGCAGCUACCUCCAACGUCGAAAGGACAAUGUUCUCUAAGUUGAUCGAGGAUUUUUCGUCGGUCAGCACGUCCAAGCAGGCUCUAAUAGUGACGGCUGGACUGGGAACCAUAACAGCAACCGUCGUCAGUGCGUACUAUCUGAAGAAGCGUAUCGACAAUACUCCACCUAAGCAAUGGCGCAAAGUAGGCGAAAUAAACGAAAUAUUCGUUUACCCUGUCAAGUCCUGUGCUUCGAUCAAAGUAAGCCGAAUCGCCUGCUCCGAUAUCGGACCGCAGCGAAACCUGUUAAGAGACCGCAUAUUUAUGGUUACUAAUUUGGAUGGUAAAUGGGUUACUGCUAGACAGAAACCAAAGAUGGUACUUAUUCAGCCAUCCUUCGACGACGGAUAUGAACAAUUAACCCUUGCAGCUCCCGGAAUGGACGAUAUUUCGAUUGAAAUUAAACAAUUGUUUGACCUGGAGUCGUCUGGGAGCGUGGUUUGGGGUGAAACAGUGCCAACUGUGGAUUGCGGUGAUGAAGUGGCUAGGUGGUUAUCUACUUACUUAUUGGAUAAAGUCGAUGGAUACCGACUUAAGUUUUAUCCACUGGAUAAAACCUCCAGAAAGAAGGAAAAAGAAGACAGUGGUGCUUUGCACGACGAGACUAGCUACAUGUUAUUCAAUACAGCUACUGUUGAAGAUUUAAACACCCGACUGGAUCAAAAGGUGACAGCAUUGCAGUUUAGGCCAAACUUUGUAGUUAAGGGUCCACCGGCUUAUGCCGAAGAUAACUGGCGCUGGGUGAAAAUUGGAAACACCGUGUUCAAAUACGUAAAACCGUGUCUGAGAUGUGUUUUCACGAAUAUCGAUCCCGAUAAAGGAGUUAGCAAUCCGGAAGGGCAGCCACUGAAAACUUUGAAAGAGUAUAGAAGAAUACCAGCGCUUGGGGAGUCUCCUGCUUUCGGUAUUCAUCUAGGAUUGAGGAAGUCUGGCGAGGUUAGUCUGGGAGAUUCGGUGUAUUAUGCAUAGUUACAAAGGAACUCCGAAAACUAAAUUACAAUGAAAUAAAAUAAAUUUGUUACAUUCUGUAACCAUUUAGGUUACAAAUGUUUUUCGAUACACCAUGUA